UGCUCGUACUUAUUUUUCUAUUUAGGUUUCGGAGGGACAACCGCUGGAGCCACCAAGGUUUGCAGCACUGCUGGCUGGUGUUUACAAUCAUGAGAGAAAAGUUCUGGUGGACGGCUGUGCCUCCGCUGCUUGUCGUUCUCUCUCUCGCCGGAACGGGUGGGGAGCCCUCUCAGUCACAUGCAGAUAGAGCAGACUUGGAAACCUGUGUGCCACACUCGCCGAAAGUUAACUGUUCUUUCUUGCCAUUAGAGUUCUUGGAUUGUGAGGAACCAUUUGACCACAAAGGAAAUCAGUCGGCUCGAGAUGAUGAAGGAUACGGAUGUGUUAAGUUUGGAGGGCAAAGGUAUGAAGAAGUAGAGAUAGCAAAAGUGUGGUGCACUGUUCUGGAGGGAAUUGAAUGCUGUGGAAAGAGAAGAUUUCUUCGUGAUGGUUUCCCUUGUAUAAAGUACAAUGGACACUACUUUGUAACAACACUCAUUUACAGUGUACUGUUAGGGUUCCUUGGCAUGGACCGAUUUUGCCUUGGUCAAACAGGAACAGCGGUUGGCAAACUACUUACAAUGGGUGGUGUAGGAAUUUGGUGGAUUGUAGACAUAGUUCUUUUAAUCACAGGUUCUUUAACCCCAGAAGAUGGCAGCAACUGGAAUCCUUAUGUGUGA